CGCACUGGAGAAGUCAGACAUCUUCCUCUGAGAAGCUGCAGCAAUGAAGGCCCUAGUGCUCACUCUCCUCUUCCUACUCAUUGCAGCCAAUGAAGCCAAAGUAUACACCAAAUGUGAACUGCUUUCAAUUCUGAAAGGAAAAGGCAUGGAUGGAUAUCAAGGCUACAGCGUGGCCAACUGGAUCUGUAUGGCUUAUCAUGAGAGCAGAUACAACAGCCGAGCUGUGGGGCCACCAAACUCAGAUGGCAGUCGCGACUAUGGGAUUUUCCAGAUAAACAGCCGCUAUUGGUGCAACAAUAACCAGGGCCCUACAGCUAAUGGCUGUAAUAAGCCUUGCAGUGCUUUCACAAAUGAUGACAUCACAGAUGAUAUUGAGUGUGCUAAGAGAAUUGUCCGUGAUCCCCAAAAGAUGGAUGCCUGGUAA